AAGACCAUCACUAUGACCGAUGGGGACUAUGAUUAUCUGAUCAAACUCCUGGCCCUCGGAGACUCAGGAGUGGGGAAGACGACAUUUCUUUACAGAUACACAGACAACAAGUUCAACCCCAAAUUCAUCACAACAGUUGGAAUAGACUUUCGGGAAAAACGUGUGGUUUAUAAUACACAAGGAUCAAAUGGAUCUUCAGGAAAAGCAUUUAAGGUGCAUCUUCAGCUAUGGGACACUGCAGGACAAGAGCGGUUUCGGAGCCUCACCACCGCAUUUUUCAGAGAUGCCAUGGGCUUCUUAUUAAUGUUUGACCUCACCAGUCAGCAGAGCUUCUUAAAUGUCAGAAACUGGAUGAGCCAACUGCAAGCAAAUGCUUAUUGUGAAAAUCCAGAUAUAGUAUUAAUUGGCAACAAGGCAGACCUGCCAGACCAACGUGAGGUCAACGAACGACAAGCCCAAGACCUGGCAGACAAAUACGGCAUACCCUACUUUGAAACAAGUGCAGCGACUGGUCAGAAUGUGGAGAAAGCUGUAGAGACCCUUCUGGACUUAAUAAUGAAGCGAAUGGAACAGUGUGUAGACAAGACACAAGUCCCGGACACCGCCAAUGGAGGGAACUCCGGUAAACUAGAUGGAGAGAAGCCAGCAGAGAAAAAAUGUGCCUGCUAGACUCUACUUGGGAGCUGACCAUCAAGAGCCCCACCCAAAUCUUAUUUCCACAAAUGGUGAACAACCCCAACAUUGUUGUUGAGUAGACUGUGUUUGUGUCUUUCAUUUUUCUGCCAGAAAAUCUAUUUUAAGAAAUCACAAUAGCCAAGAGUGUGCAAAAGAAUUAAAUAGUUUUCCCUGAGGCUCUCCACCAGACAAGGCCAAUGAUUUCCCAUUGAGAUCUCACCAUCUUGGAGGUUCAAUUUCUUUU